UAAUUGAAAAGAUGGCGUAGCGUCUUCUGGUCUUUUCUCUUUUCUACAGUUACCGUCAAGUUACCAUACUAGUAACAUCUGUAAUUAACCCGCAUGUCAUUUUCGAUGAGAGCGAAAUGCUCCGCUAAUAUAAACAAAAUGGUUUGAAACCGUUCGAAGCUUUUGACGAAAACACCCUUCUCGUUAUUUUUCUGGUGUAUCGUGUAUCUAUCAUCAUGUGGAAGUGUCACAAAUGCGGAAAACCCGUUUAUUUUGCUGAACGUAAACAGUCUUUAGGAUAUGAUUGGCAUCCAGAAUGUUUACGAUGCGAGGAAUGUGGAAAGCGGUUAAAUCCUGGGCAACAUGCAGAGCAUAAAGGUGUACCUUAUUGCCAUGUUCCUUGUUAUGGAGCACUUUUUGGACCUCAAUUAUUUGGUCAUGGCACAAGAGUAGAAUCACAUACAAGUUUCGGGAAGAAAGAAAGUAGACCAUCAUUACCAAGAUCACACUUAGAAUCCAAGCUGAAAGUUUUUAAUCAGUAUUAUGAAGGCAAAAGUGGUGGAAUUCGAAGCCGUGAGGUCAAUGGAAGAUUGAUAUUAGAAGGUGCAUUAAGAAUUUAUUGGGGAGUUCGUGGUGUAAUUCAUCUGAAGGAAGAUGAUGAUCAACGCACAGUAGUUACUGCACGAAAUAGAAAUUCAUGCAGACAUAGCGUUUCUGAGGAUAUCGAAGAUGAAGAUAAAGUAGAUGAGCUGUCCAAAAAUACAUCAGAUAGUAGUACAGAGAAUAAUACAAAAUCUGUUCCAACAUCUCCGGAUCAUUUAAAGAGUCUCACUCUGCCCAUGAAGCUGGAUGUUAAAAACAUGGAAUGGGAUGAGCUAGAUGAGCUUCUACAGGUUGAACGAAAAGUUGAGGAUGGCAAUAAAUUGUAUCAGACAAUGCCUGAAAAUCUCCCAUCAAUAAGUUCGCAAUCUAGCGUGGAUACACCACCGCUCUCGUCCCAGUCAAGUCUCGAUCGAUCAGAUUCUCGCGAAAACUCGGAAACGAGCAGUCCUAAUCAUCAAACUGUUAGCCGAGAGGAUAGCAGCGUAAAUAGCACACCAACGCACAGCAUAGGUAGUUCAUCCAGUACAGACACACCUGGCUGUAAUUUAGGAGCUUCUAAUCGAAACGGUACGCUUCGAAGAGUAGAGUACUUUGACAACUUGGAGAAAAAUGCUGGCAAUAGAUCUAUCAGCACUGAUGAUAGCUGGAUCGAGAAGGGUCUGAAUCGAUCGUUAUCUGGUCCCGAUUGCCUGCAAAGACACAGAACUGAUAGCGAUACAGAUUCGGUGAAUUCCUUGCAGUUCAGAGAGGAUGACAAUAUGACUAUGUCUACGGACAGCGGAUUAGAGCUGGACGGUGUUGUUUUACGCCGUAAGCAAGGUUCCACCGCGAUCAGACGACGUCCAGGUGGCAGACGUCAAUCGCGUAAUCGAUUACGACGUCGUUGCUCAAUCAAUGGCCAUUUUUAUAAUCGUGAAACCAGUUUUUUCACGCCACCUCAUGGUUCACAAAUGUCCGUCUGGGUGACGAGUUUAGUGAACACUCAAGAAGUUAUCAAUCUUAUGCUGGACAAAUAUAAAGUUGACGCCAAAUCCGAUAACUUUGCGUUAUUCGUAGUGCGCGACAAUGGAGAACAAAGAAGAUUGAGAGACGACGAGUAUCCUUUAGAAGUCAGGGUAGUCCUAGGUCCGCAUGAGAACGUUGCACGACUCUUUCUGGUUGACAAGUUAUCCACACCUGAAAUCAGUUCCGAUGUUGCGCAGUUUCUUAAUUUAUCUUUAGCGGAAUGCCAUGGUAUACUGCAACGUUAUCAUUACGAAGAGGAACGUCAGAUUCUCCUUCUAAAAGAAAAAUAUAAAGAAAUGCGGAGAAGAAUAAAACAAAGAAUGGAAGAGCUAAAAGUUCGAUUGUAGAUAGAAUGAUAAAAAUCAAGGUAUGCAAUUAUUUUUAUAUAACGCUUAACAAAUUUCUUUAUAAAAUAAUAUUUAUGCCAAGGAUCUAUCAUUCAUACUGUGCAAUAUGUAAUUGCAAUGACAUGACACAAUUUAUGGCAUUUUAGUUUUAUUUGUAGCUUAACAAUUCGUUGUUGCAUUUUUUUCGAAUCUUUGAGUCUCUAUUGCAUUUAUCUAUAGUCAUUAUAUCUGAAAAUACUAUAUUGUAAUUGGAGUUGAAAUCUCUAAUAAUUCUAUUAAAUUUUCAUUUAUCAAGUCGAUAUAAAUAAUAUUAAGUGAGAAAUAUUAUUCCUACAUAAUCUCGAUACAUCUUCUCUCGAGUAAAAUUAAUGAAAAAUAUAGAAAUAUUUUUAAUUCAUCUUGUAACAUAAGCGAGGUAAAUAGAAAUGCAAGCACUGCUAGGAGAAAGUAGUUAUUGCUUAUAAAAAUAUAUAAUAGUAAAGAAUUAUAUUCGACGUUUCUAUUUAGCGCGAAUGUUAUUUGUAAUCAUGCAAAAUUUGUAUUCGUCACGAUGGAUAACAUGCUUUUUAUAGCAAUCUUUCAGCAUUCCGAUAUCUCGAUGGAGUGAUAAAAAAAACAAUGAAAACAUAUUUUUCUAUCGGUAUUUAAAGAAGAUCCAUUUAUCGAAACAUCGAAACGAGAAAUUAUUAUUAUCGGAAUAAAAGUCGAUGAUAACUGUUAAGAAUUUAAAGUCUUUAAUCCUUUGCAUUUCGUUGCGUGGCCCAGAUAUAAGUGGACGUUUAUAUAUUCAGCCGAGCACACAAUUACUGCCAGAUACUCUGAUAUCGCAAUCCGAGACUAUUGUUGCGAAAUAAAUUGUAAGGUGUAAAGCAAUUAAUCGUCAUAAUAAUUGUACCGUGUUGCGAGGAUCCAUGAAAAUCGCCGUCUCAAGCUAGUCAUGUUUCACGCUUAAUCACCGAUAUCGAUUGCAUCCAUCCCAUUUUCAACUAAGGGCCAAAAGAGCGUCGUAUACUGAGCCACGUUUACGUACAUUAUAAAAUAUGUUGUCUCGAUCUAAAUACGCUCUCUCAAUCUGCCAGUAUAGAAUAAUAAAUAAUGAAUAACGCGCCACACGACGCAUAAUAAAUAUAUAUAUAUAUAUAUAUAUAUAUAUAUAUAUAUAUAUAUAUAUAUAUAUAUAUCUAUCUAUAUAUAUAAACAUUAAUAACAUUUAAAGUGUAUUUGUAUUUACAAAAAUAUGUCUACUAAAGGAUAUAAUAAUCUCCUAGAUUGUAAACAGUUUUUGCUAGCAGUAAGAAAAAAAAUGUAAUCCUUAUGUAUAUCGAUUAACAGAACAGUUGAUAUGCGACGCUAGAAUAAGUUCCUCAGUUCGCGCGCGUCGAUUUUUCUACUACUGAUAUAAAUGAAUAGAUAUAUAGAUAGGCGUAUAUAUUUUUUCAUACGCCAAUUAUAGAUAAAGAUAUACUCGAUAAUCAUGACGUAUUCGAACGCAUUUUGCGCUGGAAAAGUAAAAUACGAAACUGAAAACAGAUAUCUAAAUAUUAAAUAUUAUAUAAAAAAAGGGAAAAAAAGAAAUCAAUUGUAAGGAGAGCUUGAGAAAUGAAUCAUGUAAUAUCGUUGACAGAAUAAUAAAAUGGUAUAUUACUUCUUUUAUAGGUAUAUUUUCCGUUUUCUUGAUCUGAAACGAAAAAGAAAUUGUUAGAGUGGUUUAUGAACAGAUCUAUAUAUUAGCAUUAAUAAUUAACCAUAAAUGAUCGAUAAUUCUCGUGUGAGAAAAUACCCUAUCUCCUGAUAAAUCCCAUCUACUGAUAAGGAUAAUUAACGGGAGGUAUGUUGCUAGGAAAAGAAUAAAGAUAUCGAUGUAGGCGUAAAUGUGA